AUGUCAAAGAAAAAAAAAUAUUAUUACAUACUUGAUGAAAAACUAAUUAAUGUAUCAAAAAAUAUACCCAAUAUAGAAAAUAGGGCAUUAGUUUCUCAGUCAUUAAUUUCUUCUUAUAAUUUAUUAUCUCAAUGCGAAGUUUGCAAAUGUGAAGAAGCUACCCUAGAAGACUUAUCAUCAUUUCAUUCAUUUGAAUACAUUGAAAUUUUAAAAAAAAUUCAAAAUAGUUCAGACUUGGAAGAUAUGAUGAACUGCAGUGAAAUUGCUGAUUUUAAUUUAGGUUACGAUUGCCCUUUAUUUGAAGGAAUUCUUGAUUUUGUUAAACUUAUCGCAGGUAGUUCUUUGACAGCUGCUAAAAAAUUAAUUAAAAAGUAUAUGCAAAAUAUUCCAAUUUCAAUUAAUUGGUUUGGCGGUUGGCAUCAUGCUCAAAGAGACGAAGCUGGAGGAUUUUGUUAUGUGAAUGAUAUCGUUAUAGCAAUUCAAUAUUUGCUAAAAUUUUUCAAAAGAAUAUUAUACAUCGACUUAGAUGUUCACCAUGGGAAUGGUGUAGAAAAUGCAUUUAUUUUUUCACCCAGAGUUCUUACUUUCAGUAUUCACAAAUAUGAACCUGGCUACUUUCCAUCGACAGGAUCAAUAGAUGAUAUUGGAGAAGGGAGAGGAAAAUUUUUUACAGUUAAUGUACCUUUAAAAAGUGGAAUAAAAGAUGAUAAAUACAUUAAAAUUUUUAAUGUUAUAUUUAAUAAAAUAAUAGAAAAAUACAAACCUGAUUCCAUUGUUGUACAAUGCGGUGCCGACACACUUCCAGAAGAUCCUUUGGGAGGUUUUAAUGUGACACCUUACGGAAUAGGAGAAUGUUUAAAAUCUAUUAUUAAUGUUAAAUUACCAUUAUUGAUAUUAGGAGGAGGAGGAUAUAAUAUUGCAAAUACAUCAAAAUUUUGGACAUAUUUAACAAGUUUGAUUUUAAAUUAUCCAAUAUCAAACGAUAUACCACCUGACGAUCCGUUUUUAACACUCUACGGACCGGAAUACGAGAUUAAAAUUAAUCCGAGCCUACGUAAGGACGAAAACGACGAUGAUUAUAUAGAAAAAGUAACAACUUCCGUUCUUGAUAAUUUAAAUGGAUUACCGAUCACGUGA